AUGGCCAAGUCAAUUCUCCUCAUCAACGGCCCUAACCUCAACCUCCUGGGCACCCGCGAACCGCACCUCUACGGCUCAACCACCCUCGCCGACGUCGAAGAAUCAUCCAAAGCCCACGCUACAUCUCUAGGCGCCACUCUCCAAACAUUCCAGUCAAACCACGAAGGCGCCAUCGUGGACCGCAUCCAAGCCGCCCGCGGAAACACCGACGCCAUUAUCAUCAACCCCGGCGCAUACACACACACCUCUGUCGCUAUUCGCGAUGCUCUUUUGGGAGUAGAAAUCCCCUUCAUCGAGCUUCACGUGAGUAACGUCCAUGCGCGCGAGCCCUGGAGGCAUCACAGUUACUUCAGCGACAAAGCCUCGGGGAUCAUCGUGGGCCUGGGUGCGUAUGGAUACAAAGUUGCCGUUGAGCAUGUUGCAUUGAAUUUUAAGCCUUUAGAAAGGAAGGCAGCCCUGUAA